AUGUCCAAAAAGCUUACGCUUUUAAAUUCAAUUCUGUAUAACUUAAAAUCUAAAUGCCUGUGUUUUAUUUUAAAUCAAUAAGUUAAAAAUACUAACAGUUCAUACAUUAUACCAAGUGUGACAAUGGAUAAUGCAGAUACAGCUAUGGUUAACUUCAUGAAAAGGGCUCUUGAACUAGCUUCAGAAGCACUAGCUGCACAGGAAGUUCCUGUAGGAUGUGUUUUCACUUAUAACGGAACCAUUGUUGCUGAGUCUAGAAAUAGUGUAAAUAUAACCCACAAUCCGACAAGGCAUGCAGAAAUAAAUUGUAUAGAUUUAGUUUUAGAUUACUGCAGAAAUAAUAACAUUAAUUAUGAAUAUUAUUUCAAAGAUAUAAUUGUCUUUGUUACUGUUGAACCAUGUAUCAUGUGUGCUGCAGCUUUGAAUGAUUUGAAUGUUAAAGAAGUUGUUUACGGAUGUGCAAAUGACAGAUUUGGUGGUAGUACAGUGUUAAAUGUAAGUGAAUUUUAUGAACAUAAUUACAAAUUAAGAGGAAACUUAUUGGCUGAUGAAGCUAUGGCAUUAUUAAAACAAUUUUACAAGGGUACAAAUCCAAAUGCACCAGAGCCUAAACUUAAAAAAAAAGCUUAGCAAUAAUCUACAGACUAUUAAUUUAUUGUAUAUAACAAUUAGAACCAAGGAUAGAUAAAUGCUUUAUAAAAACAUUUCUUUUAUGGUUAUAUUUUAAGUGCAAUUUGUUGGUUAAGUGCAAUGUUUUCAACUUUAAAACUUUCAGCCUUAGAUUUGAAAUUAUAAAUGUUUAGUGUUUUUUUAUGUUGUCAUUUGAUGUAAAUAAUUAUAUCGCCACAUUAAAAGUCACUGUUACAUACAGGUAGUAUCAAACAAACUAACAGGUUACCAAAUUUAAAAAUAUCAGCUUUGAAUAAUUACUUGUAAUAAAAUAUUGUCUUGUUAAUUUUACAUUACGAAAUCAAUAGGUAAAAAAAUUUACACAAAAAAUGUAGCAUUCCAUUAUAUUUGUAACCUCACUUAAUUACGUUUAGCCAAACAAAAGGCAUGCUUGGUGCUAAGUUACUAUCAUGUUAAUUUUAUAGUCUAUUCUUCGUAUGCAUAUUAUUCAGGAGUUUGAAGUAAUAUUGAAUAUCAUGGUUCAUAUCAAAUGACAUCAAAUUCUCAUAUCAUGACUGCCUCAUUGGUCUAGUUGCUAGAUAUAAGGGUCUGUGCCCCAAGGUCCUGAGUUCAAAUCCCAGGUUGGGCCAAUGAAAAGUUAUUAGGUUUUUCUCUUGAAAAUUCUCAGAAGCAGCCCAGAGACUGGAAGUUAAAAGUUUGUACACUCUCCUGCCUCUGAGAGCAAGUAAAGCCAUUGUUCCUGUGUCUUGAACUCUUUCCGGUCAAGUCUGAUUGCCAUCCCAUCAGAUUAUAAGAGCUAGGGAAUAGAGUUCACCAGUGCUUGCACACACACACUUGUCCACUAUAAUAUAUCCUGUGCAGUUAACUAAUCUCUUUGUCAUGAGAUUGGCCGUAAUGGCCGACAUUGGUCUGGAGGACAUUUUCAGAUUAUACUUAGUUUAAAGAUAAUUAACUAUUUUUUUAAGCAUGAUUUACUAAACAGGAAGGCUUACUUUAAUUAAACCUACUUUAAAACCACAAAUAUAACAUGAUAUAUUUUUCAAAAAGAAAAUAAGGGUAUGACAAGUAUUUAUUUUUAAUUUACAAAUAGUUUUAACUCAAUAAAAGCAUGCAGUUUUAAUAUUUACAUUUCAAUGUUACACAUUUUUUUAUAUUAUACUUAUAGUGUCUCUUUUCUAAUACAGUUUCAAAUGUUUAAUGUCAUCACAUAGACAUAUUGUAUCUCACUUUUUAAAUAAUAAUGCUACA